CGGGGCCGCGCCGCUACGGCGACGAAAAGCCUUCGCGACAACCUCGCGCGUUCUUCCUAAUAAAAAUUGAGCCGGGACGGCGCCAAGAUAAACAUCUCUGUAGUGUUCCCACUUUGGACAUGCAGAAAUGGUGGAUUCUUCAUUUCGGGUUUGGGUAACUUCGAAGUUUUUUGAGUAUUAAGUUCAUGGGGCAAAUGGUUUUUAGCAUAGCACGAUUAGGAUGUAUAGGACUGUAGACUUUCGGCAUUUUACAUCAUAAGACUUUGGCUUUUGGCAAAUUAAUAUUUAGUUUUAAAGAUACCUUUAGAUUUGCCUUUAUAAAACGAUGCUGCUCUAGUUUCCACAACCAUAGGUUUUCGGAUUAUUGGGUAACAUGCUUUGCUGUCUCUAGGACAAUAGUAUAAGGCUUUUGGAGGUGAUGCUGUUAUAGCUACGAGGAGAAUGUGGUUCCAGCAUUGUCUGAGCACUCAGAGAUAGGAACUCACAUGUGAGUUCUCCUAUACUUUCUAAAUUUUCAAAAGGCAAACUAAUUAAGGAAACAUCAUAUUCCCUCGCCUGAAAACAAUCCGCAUAACUCCUAUUCCCUUGACUGGUCGACUAGCGUCUACAAACAAGAAUUUAUCGACUUCUGUAAGUGCCUGCUGCCUACAACAUUUUCAAAAGAUACCUGAUCCAUUCUGCACAUAUUUCGAUCUUCCAGGUCAUCCGAUGUUGGUUUAUUCCGGAUCAUGGUAACUUGUAUUACUGCACGAAAGAUAAUGACGAGUGAUGCGACAAUGAUGAUUCAUUUCUAGAUAGAGAAUACCAAAGAUAAGACGAAAUGUGUUGGAAACUAAAGAUAAAAUUUCUGGCCGCAGCACGAAUGUGAAGCCUUGCAUUAUGCCCUUUUCUAGAGUCAGAAAUGAUCUGAAUAGAAAACGACACGAACCUCCCUGAAGUGGGCGUUUUAAAAAGGUUCUGAGGGUACCCACUUAAGAGAUGUUUUACUGUAUAUGGUUGUGUUCAUCGCCUUGAUGCUAUUUAUUCACAUUGCAGACAAAAAAAAUCGCAUGGCACUACAGUUUUAUAAAAACAAUCGUGACAAAUAUAACUAUAAUCCAUUACAUGACAAUGGACACGAGAGCAAUAUUAGAUUGGAUCAUAUCUAUCAGCCACGAUUUGGUCAGAUACUGAAGUGUCGGGAUUCUGUGGAAGAUUCAGUAUACUCCGACGACGUCGGUAAGAUUUUGCAUGGCGAAGCCAGUAGAAGUCUUUCCGUUGGGCUUCAUGGAAUGCAAGCAAGUGUUGAUACAGAAGGUUCUAUUGUGAAACUUGGUUCUGAUAAAUGUAGUGUAGAUGUUGCACAUGGAAGUGCUUAUGCAUGUGUUACUCACGGUACGCAAGGAGUGUUUGCCGGAGCUGGUGCUGAAUUAAAUGCUAUUUCCCUACACCAUGAGAAUGUUCAAGCGCGUGUUGGGCUAGAUGUUUCAACAGGAGUUGGCUUUUCGACCACAGAUGUAUCCGUAGCAGUUGCCGGCGUUGGCUUUAAUGCAGGUAAAAAUGGCAUUGGCAUUAGUACUCCAUUUUUCAGCGUUAACUUGAAACCUUGGUAA